AUGAAAAAGCUAAAGCUACGCAUAGCUACUCAAAACGUCAAGAGUCUCAUCAAAAGAAAACAUCGCGAGUACCUAGCUAAAGUUGAAGACUCGCUCAGCAGUAACCCUAAGCAUUUUUGGAGCUAUCACAAAGCCAUUCUCUAUCGUCGGACUAGUCCAAGCACCAUAAUUACAUAUGACGGUGCCACAGCUAAAACUGCAUCAGAAAAAGCAAACCUUUUCAACCAAUAUUUCUCUUCAACGUUCUCACAUCCAAGCACUGAUAAUGCGGUCAAUGAAGUUACAUCAAGCCACUCAUUUCCUUUAAAGACAGACAUGCUACUAUCCAACAUUACCCUUUGUGUCGAAGAGGUCUCGGAUUGUCUAAAUUCCCUGGACACAACAAAAGCCUGCGGCCCAGACGGGAUACCCUCUAGGCUCUUGAAGGAAUGUUGUCAACAAAUUGCACCGAGUCUUUGUACCAUCUUCAACCACUCUCUCAUUUGCGGUCGCUUUCCUUCCGAGUGGAAAUCUGCCAACGUCACGCCUGUCCACAAGAAAAACUCCAAAGAACCAGCCGAAAAUUAUAGACCUAUUUCCCUGCUAUCAAUUGUGAGUAAAGUCAUGGAACGCUGCGUCUACAAUCACAUGUAGCUGACGUUAUUCAACUAAUUUCUCUACUACAACAUGGAUUUCUGAGAAAGCGUUCAUGUAUAACACAACUGCUCUCGGUAUUUCACAACAUUGGUCAAAAUCUUGACAAUAACACCCAGUCGGACGUUUUGUACCUUGAUCUUGCCAAAGCAUUUGACUCGGUUGACCAUCAAAUACUUGUUGAGAAACUAAAAUGCUACGGCGUGGCUGGACGACUCCUGGACUGGCUCACCGACUACCUGAACGGUCGCACUCAAAGGGUUGUGAUCGACGGUGCUGUAUCCCAGUGGGUACCUGUUACCUCCGGGGUGCCUCAAGGAAGUAUCCUGGGUCCCUUAUUAUUUGUUAUAUUCAUUAACGAUCUCCUUGAAUUUAUUCCAAAUGGUACCAAUACAGCACUGUUCGCGGACGAUACCAAAUUACAUCGAAACAUAUCGUCUCUGACUGACUGCGAGGGUUUACAGCAAGCCCUCAGCAACAUUAACAUCUGGAGCCAGCAGAGCAAUAUGAAAUUCAACAGCACAGUGCCAUAUUAA